GUCCAGGCGUCUGCUCUCCGGCCGUAAUGUGUGGAGAGUCAGUUUGGCCUUAAUGGUAGUAGUAUCCUCAAGCAAUGGAGCGGACAAAUCCAGCCAGCCCUCGUUGCAUCUUUCAUCGUCCUCUGCUGUCUGGAGGGUUGUAGGCUUGUUUCUGGGUCAAGAACCUCACUCUCAAAAAGAGGCUUCCAGGGCCCUUCGCUUGGCUGCUUGUGGGUAACGCCAUGCAGCUCGGCCAAAUGCCCCACAUCACCUUCUCCAAGUUGGCAAAGAGGUAUGGAAAUGUGUACCAAAUUAGACUGGGCAGCAGUGAUAUAGUGGUUCUCAAUGGAGAAUCUGCCAUACGCAAGGCACUGCUUCAACACAGCACCGAGUUUGCAGGCAGACCGAACUUUGUGUCCUUCCAGUCGGUUUCCGGUGGGACGGGCAUGACGUUCACCAACUACAGCAAGCAAUGGAAGAUGCACCGGAAGAUCGCCCAGUCCACCAUUCGUGCCUUCUCUUCUGCGAACAGCCAAACAAAAAAGUCCUUUGAGAAGCACAUCGCAGCUGAAGCCGAGGAACUGAUUGAAACGUUUCUGAGACUGAGUUCAAACCACCAAUACUUCAAUCCAUCUCAUGAACUCACAGUCGCAGCUGCUAACAUCAUCUGCGCUCUUUGUUUUGGGAAACGCUAUGCACACGAUGACUUAGAGUUCAGGACUCUCUUGAGCAAAGUGAACAAGUUUGGCGAAACCGUAGGAGCUGGGAGUUUGGUGGACGUCAUGCCUUGGUUGCAAUCUUUUCCCAAUCCUGUGAGGAGCGUAUUUCAGAGCUUCAAAGAACUUAACAAGGACUUCUUCACGUUUGUCAAAGGUAAAGUGGUGGAGCACAGGCAAAGCUACGACCCUGAGGUCACAAGAGACAUGAGUGACGCCUUUAUUGGCGUGAUUGAUCAUGCAGAUAUGGAGACGGGCUUGACUGAGGCUCAUACUGAAGGAACGGUUUCUGAUCUCAUUGGAGCAGGUCAGGAUACCAUCUCCACUGCCUUGCACUGGAUGCUGCUUCUACUGGUCAAAUACCCAUCAAUCCAAACCAAACUCCAAGAGCAGAUUGAUAAAGUAGUAGGUCGUGACAGACUCCCAUCAGUAGAAGACAAGAGCAACCUGGCCUACCUGGACGCCUUCAUCUACGAAACCAUGCGCUACACCAGCUUCGUCCCCGUCACCAUACCGCACUCCACCACCUCAGACGUCACCAUCGAAGGUCUCCACAUCCCCAAAGACACCGUGGUGUUCAUCAACCAAUGGUCCGUCAACCACGACCCUCAAAAGUGGCAGGAUCCUCACAUCUUUAACCCGUCGAGAUUCCUGGACGAGACCGGAGCUCUGGAUAAAGACCUGACCAACAGCGUGAUGGUCUUCUCUAUCGGGAAGAGACGAUGCAUCAGUGAUCAGAUCGCCAAAGUGGAAGUUUUCCUGAUCGCUGCCAUGUUAAUCCACCAACUAACCUUUGAGAAUGACCCAUCACAGGACUUGAGUUUAAACUGCUCUUAUGGGUUAACACUGAAGCCAUUUGAUUAUAAAAUCUCUGCCAAACCCAGAGGAAGCGUAUUUAAUGAAGCAUAAAUUAGUGUGUGCUUU